AUGAAGAGUGCUCUAAACAAGAAGAAAAGCUCCAAGCCAAAAGGACUGCCCACAAGAUUGGCAACGCCAUUCACGAUCAAGUGUCUAUCGUGUGGUGCCUACAUAUACAAAAAUAAAAGACACAAUGCCACAAGGGAAAUAGCAUUGGGAAAGGACUACUUGGGGGUAGAAAGCCAUCGCUUCCACAUAAAAUGCACUGGAUGCAGUAAGAUAUUAAGCAUUAAAACCGAUCCAAAGAAUGGGGUGUAUAUCACCGAAGAUGGUUGUGUAAAAGUAGAGGAGGAGCCCGGCAUCCAAGAAGAAGCAGAAGAUACAUCCAUGAAGUUAAAGAAGGAAUCAGCCAUGAAAGAUGAAAUAAAUAGGCUCCGAAUGCAGGCGAACCAUGUCAACUCAUCGACUUCAGCUUUUGGUUCUAAAGACAAGCUGGAAAAAUAA